AUGUAAAUAUUAUUAAUUGAUUAUUAAUUUAAAAUUUUAUUAAUUGGUAAUUCAGGAGCAGGUAAAUCGUGUGUUUUGAUGAGAUUUACAGAUAAUUUAUUUGUAAAUAGCUUUUAUAACACUAUUGGAGUUGAUUAUAAGGCUAAGACAAUAUAAUAUGAGAAAAAGAAAAUAAAAUUAUAAAUUUGGGAUACUGCAGGAUAAGAAAGAUUUAAAACAAUUACAUCUAGCUAUUAUAAGGGAGCACACGGAAUAGCGAUUAUUUAUGAUAUAUCAGAUAGAAACUCAUUUGAAAAUGUAAGAGAAUGGAUGAAUUAAAUUGAGUCAUUUGCUCGGGAAGAUGUUAAAAAAAUAUUAGUUGGAAAUAAAUCUGAUUUAAAUGAUAAAAGAGUAAUUUAGUUUGAUGAAGGUUUAAAUUUAGGCUAGAAAUAAUAAGUUUAAAGCUAUAAAAUAAAAAGUUGUUGUUAAAAAUGA